UCAAGCACGAUAGCCAGCUAAAAGCCUAAACAAGAAGUAGCAAAGGAAGAUAUUAUUGUCUCCGCUGCUGCAUCCGUCGUCCAGCCUCUCAUCUCAAGUCCCAACACAGACAGUAAGAGAAGAGUCCCGAGAAACAAAACUCCACAAUGUCUCUCUCCUUCUCAUCUUCUCUCCUCCCCUCUCCUCUUCCUCUUCCUCAAAACAAAAACAAAACCCAACAACUGAAACAAAACCAGAACCCUCUUCACCCUCACAAACUCCUUCUUCGAUGUGCAUUUUCUUCUUCUGCUACUGCACCACCUUCUUCAACCUUUCCUAAAAAGAAGCAUUGGAAACAAGGCGAAUUCCCUGGAUUUACCGACGCUUCACGUCCCAGGAGAACUGCAAUAAAAAACAUCAAGAAGAAAUUAGACCGUAAGAGCAAAGCCAAGGCUUGGGUCAACACUGUAGCUGAAGCUUUAACUGAUUGCGUCCUCAAGAAACAAUGGCUCCAAGCAAUUCAGGUGUUUGAGAUGCUAAAGGAGCAACCAUUUUAUCAACCAAAAGAAGCUACCUACAUGAAACUCUUGGUUCUAUUGGGGAGAUGCGGUCAGCCUCAACGUGCCCAUCAACUUUUCGAUGAAAUGGUCGAAGAAGGAAUAGAACCCACAACUGAACUUUACACUGCAUUGCUGGCAGCUUAUUGUCGAAACAAUCUUAUCGAUGAGGGUUUCUCAAUUAUUAACCAGAUGAAGUCUCUCCCUCGUUGCCAGCCUGAUGUUUAUACUUAUAGUACUUUACUUAAAGCUUGUGUUGAUGCUUCAAGAUUUGAGUUAAUUGACACUUUGUAUCAAGAAAUGGAUGAAAGAUUGAUAAGUCCAAACACAGUCACGCAGAAUGUAGUUUUGAGCGGAUAUGGGAGGGUGGGGAUGUAUGACCAGAUGGAGAGAGUGCUAUCCGAGAUGUUAGAGAGUGCAGCAUGUAAACCUGAUGUUUGGACUAUGAAUAUAAUUCUUAGUGUGUUUGGUAAUGAGGGCCAGAUUGAUUUGAUGGAGAGAUGGUAUGAGAAAUUUCGAAAUUUUGGAAUCGAGCCGGAAACUCGCACUUUUAAUAUUUUGAUCGGUGCAUAUGGGAAGAAACGAAUGUAUGAUAAGAUGUCAUCUGUGAUGGAAUACAUGCGCAAGGUUCAGUUUCCAUGGACGACCUCUACUUACAAUAAUGUUAUUGAGGCUUUUGCGGACGUGGGGGAUGCAAAAAACAUGGAGUACGCAUUUGAUCAGAUGCGAGCGGAGAGCAUGAAAGCAGAUACAAAGACAUUUUGUUGCCUUAUUAAUGGAUAUGCCAAUGCGGGUCUCUUCCAUAAAGUCAUUAGCAGUGUUCAGUUGGCUGCGAAGUUUGAGAUACCGGAGAAUACAUCAUUCUUUAAUGCAGUAAUAUCUGCAUGUGCAAAGGCAGAUGAUUUGAUGGAGAUGGAAAGAGUCUUUAAGCGGAUGAAAGAUAAGCAAUGCCCACCCGAUUCCAGAACCUAUUCUAUCAUGGUUGAGGCAUAUAGAAAGGAAGGUAUGAAUGACAAGAUCUACUAUUUGGAGCAGGAGAAACAGGAGAUGAUUGGCGAUGGUACUCUCAAGUGAUUAGAUCAUCAGGUGGGGCAUGUGGUUGAUUUCUGACAAGAACAACUGCUACUUCUCACCUUACAGUAAUGCCAAAUUUUCUUUGGGGAGUGGCUGGAAUGUUUUGCUCAGGCAGUUCUGUUCCUGGUUUCUUGGACAAUCAAAGCUUUUGUUAGCUGGAAGGAGAUAGCAUUUGUUACCCCUUGGACUGCAACAAACUCUUGUAAAUUGCUUCUGCAAUGCUGUAAGCAUAAUUAAGAUGUCCGGUAUUGAUGUUAUUAGUUUGAUUA